AUGGCAACACAUACUUCCAUAUCAUUUGCGGUCCGAAGGUCCGAACCUGAAUUGCUUGCACCAGCUAAGGCCACACCUCAUGAAUUCAGACAAGUUUCUGAUAUUGAUCGCCAGCUAUAUCUCCAAUUUCAAUCCCCACAUUUCAACUUGUAUGCACACAAUCCAUCAAUGCAAGGGAAAGAUCCUGUGAAGGUAAUAAAAGAGGCAAUUGCACAAGCACUCGUGUAUUAUUACCCUUUUGCUGGUAGGCUUAGACAAGGGCCAGACAAUAAGCUUAUAGUUGAUUGUACUGGUGAGGGUGUCUUGUUCAUUGAAGCCGAUGCUGAUGCUACGGUUGAGCAAUUUGGUGACCCGAUUCCUUCUCCAUUCCCAUGCUUUGAGGAACUUCUUUACAACGUCCCAGGAACAAUAGGGAUCGUCAAUACCCCAUUGUUGCUUUUUCAAGUGACACGUUUGAAGUGUGGUGGUUUUGUACUCGGUUUCCGUCUUAAUCACCCAAUGGCUGAUGCAUUGGGCAUACUUCAGCUAUUGAAUGCCAUAGGUGAGAUUGCAAGAGGUGCUCAAGCCCCUUCAAUUCUACCUGUGUGGAAAAGGGAACUCCUCUGUGCUAGGAAUCCACCACGCGUUACAUGCAAACACAAUGAAUAUGGCAAUGAUAAUCCUGUUAUUGUUGAUCCCACAAUCACCGUUCCAGAAUUCCACGGCGAGGUUCACCGUGUAGCCCACCGUAGUUUCGUUCUUAGCCGCAAAGAAUUAUCCAACAUCCGUAGAUGGAUUCCUUCUCAUUUACACCCAUGUUCAAAUUUUGAGGUAAUAAGUGCAUGCUUAUGGAGAUGCUAUGCCAUAGCAUCUCAAGCAAACCCUAAUGAGGAGAUGCGCAUGCAAUUGCUUGUCAAUGCACGUUCCAAAUUUAACCCUCCAUUACCUAAAGGAUAUUAUGGUAACGUGCUAGCUUUGCCAGCAGCUGUAACAAAUGCUAGUAAGCUUUGUUUAAACUCAUUAGGGUAUGCAGUGGAGUUGCUAAGGAAUGCCAAGGAUAGAAUAACUGAGGAGUACAUGAGGUCUUUGGCUGAUCUAAUGGAGAUGACCAAAGGUCAGCCUAUAGGGUUACAGUCAUAUGUUGUGUCAGACUUAACAAGUAUUGGGUUUGAUCAGGUGGACUAUGGAUGGGGUAAGACAGUUUAUACUGGCCCCCCUAAAGCUAUGCCUGAUGAAAUUUCUAAUGCUGGAACCUAUUUCCUGCCCUAUAGAUUCAGGAACGGAGAGCGUGGGGUUAUGUUGUUAGUUUCCUUACGUGCUCCAGUCAUGGAGAGAUUUGCAAUACUAUUAGAGGAAUUGGCAAGGCAUGAUCCAGAAAGAAGCCAGGGACAACAAGAAAUGAUACUGAGCUCUCUAUGA